AUGAAAACGGCAAUUGGCAAAGCACAAGAAACAGUAAGUCACGGCUCUGUUUCUGGAACACGAUACAGCAAUGUGCCUUAUAAAUCAGGAAAUAAUCUUUCCAACUAUGAAAAAGAACGUUGCAAACUUGAUAUUUAUAUUCCGAGAUCAAGUGGUACAGCAUCAUUUCCAGUUAUCGUCUAUUUUUAUGGUGGAGGCUUGAAUGCAGGCGAUAAGAGCGAAGGAUGGGCAGAUUGGAGUAAUAAUUUUGGAUUUAAGUUCCUAGAAGCUGGUGUUUCUAUGGUCAUGGUCAAUUAUCGAUUGAGUGGACAGCAAGGAACAAAAUGGCCAGUGUAUAUUCAAGAUGCCGCUGCAUCUGUUGCUUGGGUAGCCAAUAAUAUUGCUCAGUACGGUGGUGAUCCUAAUAAUAUUUUUGUCAUGGGUUUCUCUGCAGGCGCUUAUCUUACUCAUAUGUUAAGCAUUGAUUCAAAGUGGUAUACAGAAAUUAGCUUUGAUCGUAAUCGAAUAAAAGGAUACAUAGCAAUCAGUGGUCAAACUCGGACGCACGGAACAGUUGCUGCAGAUCUUGGUAUUCAACAAAAUCAACUAAUGACCGUCCGUACUGAUGCAAUGCCAUUCGGUCAUGUUAAGAAAACAGAAAAACCAAUUCAUAUCUUUGUUGGCGAGUAUGAAGGUCAGACUAUAACGGAUAACUAUGCAUACUAUAAUCAACUAAUAAGCAAGGGCAGUACAAACCUUUUUAUUUAUACUAAUCUUGGAAAAGAUCAUGGAGGUAUGCGAGAUGGUUUGGGUGAUGCUAGUAGUCCAACACGUUCGAAAAUCUUGGAAUUCAUUCGAACCGGUGCAAGUACUGUAAAUUUAGCACCUAACAUUGCCUAUCGUAAACCAGUUACUGCUUCAUCAACUGAAAAUACAGCAAAUACAGCAGACAAAGCAGUCGAUGCCGACGGAAAUACACGUUGGGCAAGUACUAGUAGUGAUACACAAUGGAUCUAUGUGGAUCUUGGCGCAAGAUACGCUGUGAACCGUGUGAGAAUUGCAUGGGAGGCCGCUUGUGCAAAGAACUAUUAUUUGGAAUCUUCUGACGAUGCAAGAUCAUGGGCAAAUAUAAGAACUGUGACCAAUAAUGUCGCUCUUAUCAAUGAUCAUACAGGUUUAAACAGAAAUGCUCGUUACAUCCGGAUUUACGCUACGCAACGAGCAACUACUUAUGGAUACUCAAUUUUUGAAUUCGAAGUAUAUGGAAAUUGA